UUACACAUCAACAUAUUAUUAGUUUGUGCAGGAUGAGUCCAAAGUAAACACUGGUGGAGUUCCUUUUGCAAGGCAUGGUGCCCUGGGUGGGCGGAGUUUGUACAUUUUAGACAGUUCCGUUGGUCCUUAAGUGAAAUCUCCACCUCCUCUUGCACAAACCAGUGAGAGGUUUGGUAAGGUAACAAAAGGUUUACAUCAUGCUCAUCCUGCAGCCACACGACCUUGCGCAUGGAAUCCCUACUCUUUUUACAUUGGAGAAAGCUAUUUGAUUGGUAAACAUGCUGGAAGUCUUCCUGAUUUGACGAGAUCCAAUCAGGAUGAACCAAAAUGUGACUUCCGGGUUAAUGAGGGGAAAAAAGGGUACAUAUAUAUGGGCAGAGUUGAGGGCGAGAAAGGGGGAUGUUUCAGCCUGUGUGCCUCGACAGAUCUGGUUUAGGUGGCUCCUCAUUACAAAGUGUGGAUUUUAUUCUGCUGCAAUUCUGGAAAUCUAUUACGAUGCAUUUUUAGCAGAUGGAAUCUUUGCUGUAUUUGUGCGGAUUCAUCAAAUACCACCCAUGAUCAAUUGGAGCCUGGAGUAACGUUACGUUUUUGUCAAAUGGGAGGAGUGCCUGCCUUAAAUUCCGUACUACUCCCAUGAAGCUGACAGGAACCAUCAUACCACUGUGGUAUGUAUGAGCUAAUACUUGAAGUGUGAGUAGCAACGAAUGUCCCAUGUUGCAUUAGUGUCUCUGUGAAAUGCUGGCCUGCCUGCCAGGGCCAGGUGACCUCUCCCUCCAGCUUCUUUCCCACACGCAGAUGAACACUGGACUUCAGAAAUGGGACACUACACAGAGGAUGAGAUCCGCUCAGUAUCCAACCCCUGCGGAAUUGGAUGCUUAUGCUAAGAAGAUUGCCAACAACCCCCUGACCAUCAAGAUCUUCCCCAACAGCGUCAAGGUCCCCCAGAGGAACCACGUGCGCCGCACAGUCAACGGGCUGGAUACUUCAGGCCAGCGCUACAGCCCCUACCCCCCCUCUCAGGCCAACGCCAAGGCCGGCCUCCUUGCCAUCGUCAAGGUGCCUGUCGUCAAGGGCAUCCUCAAAGACUUUGACGGCAGCCGGGUGCGCCUGCACCCCUCUGGGGUCAUCAUGAACCCCCCUGGCCCUGGGGGGCCCUUUACAGCAGCUGCCUCGGCCAGCACUUUAAACCUCCACCAUCCCCCUUCCCAAGGCCAGGGUGGGUCCCAGUCUCAGCAGAGCCUGAACCCUCAACUUGGGAGCCAGACUCACCCACAGACUCUACAACAGACUCACCCCCAGCAGCAGCAGGGCCUCAGACACCCACCCUGCAUGCCACAACAGCAGCAACCGCAACAGGGUCUGCCCAGGCCCCAGACACUGUCCCACUCCCAAGCACUGGGCCAUCCCCAGCCUCCUUCUGGUCUCACCCUCUUGCUCCAACAGCAGCAGCAACAGCACCUUCAGCAGCAGGGGCAGCCACCUCCUGGACUGCAGGGUGGCCCUGGCCGGAAGCUGCCCGAUGCCGACGCACCGCCUAACGUUACAGUCUCUACCUCAACCAUUCCGCUCACCAUGGCUGCUGGCCUGAACCAGAGCCACCAGCCAGACCUGAGCAGCAUCGUGCACCAGAUAAACCAGUUCUGCCAAGCCCGGGCCCAGGGGGCUGGAGCCACCUCCAUGUGUGAGGGCCAGAUUGCCAACCCCAGCCCCAUCAGCCGCAACCUCUUCAACAACGCCUGCUCCAGGGUGUCCAUGCACAGCAACCCGCACGCCAACGCCUGCACCCCCGGCCUGCCCCCACACCCCAACUGCAUCAUGUGUCCCGCAGACAAGGCUGCUGCCCCCGCUAACCCCCAAAACAACAUGGCUGCCAUGAACAGGAUGCCUGUUUACCACAAUGAUCUCAAACAGCAGCAGCACCAACAUAAUUUACAACAGCAGCACCAACAGCAUUUACAACAGCAACACCAACGGCAUUUACAGCAGCAGCAUCAACAACAACAACAACAACAUAAUCACCAACAGCAGCAGCAGAUGCGCUGGAACCAACACCAGUUGGCUUAUCUACAGCACAUGCAGCAGGACGGUGGGGGCCACCCCUGCAAGCACCCUUCCCGCAUGGGCUACCCCCCGGAGCUGUGUGUGGGCCAUUCAUACAGCCUGAAGCCUCCUAUAGAGAAGCCCACCCCCUCUCCUCCCAUCAACAACAACGCAAUGCCUGGGGGUCCAUUGGCCCACUACACCAAUGGUGGCCACUACUUCCAGCCACACGCUGUGUGGAACAGCAGCAUCCUGCCCACGCCCAACAGUGACAGCUCCGGGUCUCAGGACCUGGCCAUGCCGUUCCAUGGGGGGGCCUCAGGGGGCACCACCACGCUAGACUGCGGCGGGCCCCCUGGGGGAGGCCAUUACAGGCUCGGGGGUGGCGGCUCCACCUCCUCUUCCUCCUCCUCCAGCCAGACUAGUCUGAUGAAAACAGCAGAUUACUUGGGCGGGGACUUUCAGACGCCCUGCUUCCGAGAUCAGAAUCUGGGGCUGAUGGGCAAGAUGCACAGGCCACCAAUGAACAGGGUGGGGCCCGAGGUUGGCCCAGGGGACGGCAGAACCGCUCACAUCCAGCACCCAGGGUACAGAUAAGAUAAGCUAUUGCCGGCAUUGUCUACACAGCAGUUAUCAAAAACAAGAACCUUCUUCUUUUAGUCUUAAGAAAGGAAAAACAUGAAAUACAAUUAAAUUAAGUAAAAAUGAACACUGACAUUAAAAAAAGGACAAAUAUAUUUAAUAAAGAGCAGUGUUUUCUUUUUUUGUAGUCAAUCUUGCAAGUGAUCAAUUGAUUUUGUAAAUGAGUGCUUUCAGUUGGCACCCUCUAGGGAACGUUUCCUAUGUAUGUGAUUGUCGUCAUUCCCUACCUUUUUUCCCAUCCUACCUGUCUAUCAGUGUGCCUGGAUUUAAGGAAUAUGGAGUUAUUUUUACUUCGGAUCUGUCCUGAGAGUUUUUUUCUUUUAAGCAUAAAAGAUGUCUCCUGCAGACGCUGGAUGAAAACGCACUGAUCGUUGACGGAGGAAAGAAAAUACAUUCUCAUAAGGAUCUUGAUGUUUUUACAGGGUCGAGUGGGGAUUUCUCCACUCCGACUAGUUUUAUUGGCUAGUGGCUAAUUUUCCCUUAUUACGUUUACAUGUGAAUCUCGUCGUGACAUCGAAAUUAAAAGCAUAUAUAUAUUUUCCUCUUGAAAUCACCACAGAGACGAGAUAAUUAGUGAAUGGUUCAGUGUGGAACCGUCAGUCACUGGACACUACAAAGUACAGACGGAGACACUUGCCAUAUGCACAUGUACAAAGAGGCUUUUUUUUUAUGUAUUUAUUUAUUUGUGUAAUAGGACUGUUUUAUGAAUCAGGUCACCCACUGUUCAAGGUUGAUUCCUGUCUUAUCAUCGAAGUAUCUAAUCAGGUUGAUGUUUGUACAGAGUAUAGAUAUAUACUGUAUUGACAUCUAGAUCCUGCAGGGAGCAAUUUAAUGUGGGGACUGACUGGGGGAGCCAACCAACCGAUGCUCUCUUGCUCAAAAUGCUGCAAUGAAUUCAGGUGUCUAUUACAAACCAUUUUGUCACCAUUGCCAAUUGCGGUUGGCAACAUGAUUGUGGAAUAACAUCUUUUUAUUUAAAUGGAGUGAAAAAAUAAAUUAUAAUCUGUUCAUUCUGUCUGAAUCCUGAAAUGGCCAAAGUCACAUAAUUGACAAGGAAAAACAGCUUUUAAAAUAUGUGCCAUUUUAUGUUGGUUACAUUUUUUUCCUAUAAUUUUGGUAAACCCGAAAACUAUUACUUGAAUUGUUGAGAUGCAAAGUUCUGUUUGGCAGUUGUUUAGUGAAGGGAGGGCGCUAGUUAGCAGGACUAAACCUUACUACUGGAGUGGAAGAAAUAUAAUUGUUACUAAUAUUAUAUUAGAAACUAACGAUGAACCAAAUCAGAGUUUUGAUCCUGAGUUUUUUUAAAUGUUUUAUUUAUCGUUAAGUUAGGUGUAGUUGCUACUGAUUCUGAUAUGAAGUGUGCUUGAAGAGACCAAAUUGAUCACUUGCAAGAUCACUUGGAGGUAAACAAAAAUGACUUAAGUUAAACAGCAAAUGCAUUGUUUAUUUUAUUGUACACUGGCUUACCUACUAUACUACUCUAACUUUAAAGUGUAGUGUGUGUGUGUGUGAGAAUGAUGCCUGCUGACGUGGGUUGAGUAUAAACGUAUGUUGUGUAUGUGCUCGUGUGUGUCUGUAUGUGAGAGUGGGUUGACACUGACAUACACAUUCUGUUCACCUCCCUCCCAAAAAGCCCUUAAAAAGCCUUAAGUAUUUGGUCCUUGGACUUUCCUUUGAAAACAAGCAUGGUUAUAAUGAAAAUCAAAAAUGAUGAUUGAAGGAAGACUGCAAGGAUACAUACAGAGGAACAGCAAUUUCUGUUAAACAUUUUUUUAAUGAAGUUUUUGUUGAAUAGAAAAAGCAAUUCCUUAAAUUCUUUUUUUUAAUGAAAAGAAGAAAUGGAGUAAUAUUUUGUAAUUAUAUUUUAAAGCUAUGUGUAGUUACUGGGUUGUAACAAAAAAAAUCAAAGUUUCAAAGCUUCAGUUGUGACUAUUUAUAAUACUUGAUUUUCUUGUUAUUUAAAUCUUAUUUUUCGUCUUUGUUCCCUUUACUAUUGCUGUGAAAUGGAAGAAGGCCCAAUAAGCCUUUCUUUUACGUGUCACUCUGGCUGUACGACAGAAGACGCAAAAGCGUGAGAGUUGUGCUACUCUUUUUGUAAUAUUGUAAUAAUUAAAUAAAGGUCUAAUUUAUGCUUUGAAAUUAGUGUUCUAUGGAUGUCAUGUUAUUUUGAUGCCCAAAUGCCUGUUCUCCUAUUUGAUGAGCCGUACAGAACUUACAAAUAUGAGUAGGCCUAUUUGUAUGUAUACGUUUACUACCCUUCAUUCAAUGAGAACAGAUGGAACAAAUUGGAAUAUUUUUAACCUUGUUUGUGUCCAGACCAUAUACCUGUCUGCUCACUGCCUAGUAGAUCUGCAUGGGUUACCCCCCCCCCCCCCCCCCCAUUGAGGUUUAUAGUGUUACCCCCUGAUUGCUUGAAUGAUUUCCUUAGAUAAGACUGUAUUCCAUGUUUUUUCCAUUUUAGUCCCUCAAAUUUCAUUUCAAUAGUAGGUUACUGUGUGAAAUAAAGAUUUACCUGCAUCAUCA